UUUAAACAAGAAAGUGAUUAGGUUUUUUGCUUUAGGAUUUUCGUUGGAAUUUAAUUAUACGUGUAUUGAUUGGCUAAUACAUUUAAACAAUCAUGAUAAAUCUGGAAAUUUUGUUAAAAAAUUGCAAUGAAAAUAUAAAACGACAACUACAUAGAAAGUAUUAAGUUGUUGAUACGUGGAGAUUGAUUAAUGUAGAUUUGGAUAAUGGAGCCCAUAUCUUAGAAAAAGAAAAGUUGCGUGGUUCCCAAAUUGAAAGAAGUAAGUGAAAACUAUAGAAUCAAUAAUUGUUGAAAUCUUUUGAUUCUUUCGCAACAAGCAAACUUGUUUAUAGAAAGCUGGUGAAGAUCGUCUAAGUCAACUUCAUUGGCGUGCAAAGCAAGUAGUACUUGCCAAGUACCAACAAAGAAUCUUUAUAGUAUUAUUUUUGGUGAGGCAAAGAGUCUUGGCACAUUUGUUAUAUACAUACUCAUCACUCAUCAAAUUUCCUUCAUUUUGUUUUGCAAACCCCUUUUAAAACCUUUUUUGAUAUUUCAUUUAGUUCUAGUACUAUGGAGGUUCCCAAAUCCAGGAGAGAUCAGAAGUAUCAAAGAAUUCAAUGUCUAAAGAUCUAUGAUACCAUAAGAAUACGGGAAAGAGCCCAACAGCUCAUAGAUGAGAUUCAACAAGAGCUUGAUCCCGAAAACAUCAUCUCAAGACUAAGGAAGUCAUUGCAAUAUGCAUUAGGUUUCUACGAAAAUUGGAAAACGACAGACUGUGAUCAGUUGGCUUGUUUAAAGAUCGAACUUGACAAGCUAACCUUUGCUCAUGGCGCAUGUCCUGAUAAGAAGAAUGUACAUAACCUAAAUCAUCGGAUGCUACACGGGGUGCAUGAUAUGGAUGCUGAGAGAUAUCUUCUCAAGAUGUUUUAUUCAAAAAAACAUAAAGAAUCAGGGUCUCCAUUAAAGAAGCUUGAACAGCAAGAUAAACUAAGAGAAUUUAACCGGAGUUCUGUAUUGUCAAAAAAGGAGAUACAAAAACAGAUUCAGGUUUUGGAAAAAAGACGUGAAGAAGAUAUAAAAGUGAUUAUAGAUAGAAGAAAGAAACUAGAGUUAAUCAAGCGAGAGAUAACAAGAGCAAGACCUUGCAGUCUAAUGGUUUGGGGUUUUUGCUCACAUCCUAAAAUUAAUAAGUUCGAUCCAUUUCUUUGGGGGCUUUGUGGGUGUACUAGUCAAAAACCGUUAUCGAAGAAAAACAGAGAGACAACGAUUGCAGCUAUGAGGAUGAAAUCUUUAAGAGAGAAAUUAGAGAGCAUACGAGAACAAAGACAAAGAAUUUUUGUAACUUUGUUGUUUCAAAUGGAUGAUUUGGAAUACCUCAAAGCUGAGCAAGAUGGAUGA